AUGGUGAAAGCUGGGGACUUGCCACUGCUUGAGGCGUGGGUGGAUGACCGUGGGGCCGACGUACAUUUCGUUGAUGCAAGGGGCGAUGGCUUGAUGGCUUUCGUGAGGCACACGUACAUGAAGCAGGAGCUAGAGAAGAGGCAGCUCGAUGUGAAUCAGCAGAACCCUGUCACUGGCAACACCCUCAUGCACAUCCUUACCCAGGAGGGCAACGUGAAGCUGUUGGGGCAUUUACUGCGCGACCCAGAUGUGAAGGUGACGGGAAAUACUGACGGCCAAUCGCUGUUGCAUAUAGCAUCAAUGUCCGGGCACGUGCAUAUGGCUGAAUUUCUCAGAGAAAAAGGCUUUUCGCUACGUGACACAGACGGGCUGGGCUGCACGCCGCUUCAUCGAGCUGUCCAAAGCGGACACCAUGGAAUGGUACAGUACUUGAUCCGGGCAAGAUCCGACAUCAACGCGAGAGACAACACGGAUAACACACCCUUGGUGUAUGCAAUUCGGUCGGAUGACAGCCUCGCUGUCUUAGAUGAGCUCCUUCAGAUGAGGGCUGAUGUGACUGCGGAAGCAGAGAACGGUCUUUCCUCGUUGCACAUUGCCGCAGACUGUGGAUCCGUGUACGCCCUGAAAGAGCUGCUGAAACCCGAGUGGGGGUUGGACAUCAACCGCCGGGCCGGGUUCUUCCAGCGUUCGGUCUUACAUCAAGCGGUGCUGCGUAGGCAUCUCAGCAUCGUGGACGAGCUGCUCCAGUGGCACCAAGAUCACGACCCCUGGCUCCACCAGCUGGAUACCGAUGCGGGGGACUCGCGCGGCGACACGGCCGCGACCCUGGCGGCCCAAAGUGGGGCAAAGAACAUCCUGGACCGGCUCUGCGCCUACUCCGCGGACCAUGUGGCGCCCUUCCUCGCCGCAGUGAAGUUCGGACAGAAGCCAUGUGUGGAGCUCCUGAUCCAGAAGUAUGGGCUCAAGCCUUCAUUGUGCUUUGAGAGUGCGGGCAACAACGCGCUGCACCUGUGCGCGCGAUAUGGCCACGGCGAGCUGGCUGACUACAUCCUUGAAAACUGGGCUGGCGAUGUCUUGGAGGCACUAUACCAUGACAACCAUGAGAAUCAGACUCCCUGCGAUGUUGCAGGCAUCCACAGUCCAAACAUCCAGCGUCAUUUCGAGGCGCACUGCGUCCGGCACAAGAUUGAUCUCGCUCCCCGCGCCCCACGCAUGUGUCCGGGGAUGCGACUCCCCUCUGCCUAUGCCUGCUGCUUCAGUCGGCCUCCAUCGUUGAUGGAUUGA